AUGAAGGCCCUCAUUCUCGUUGGUGGCUUCGGCACCAGACUGCGUCCUCUGACCCUCACUCUCCCCAAGCCUCUGGUCGAGUUUGCCAACCGUCCCAUGAUCGAGCACCAAGUCGAGGCUCUCGCUGCUGCCGGUGUCACAGACAUUGUGCUGGCCGUCAACUACAGACCCGAUGUGAUGACGGGUGCUUUGAAGAAGUACGAGGAUAUGUACCAUGUCAAAAUCACAUUCUCGGUUGAGUCGGAACCCCUGGGCACGGCUGGUCCUCUGAAGCUCGCCGAGAAGAUUCUGGGCAAGGAUGACUCGAAUUUCUUCGUCCUCAACUCGGACGUCAUUUGCAACUACCCUUUCAAGGAACUGGCUGCUUUCCACGACUCCCACGGCGAGGAGGGCACCAUUGUCGUCACAAAGGUCGAAGAGCCCAGCAAAUAUGGUGUCAUUGUGCACAAGCCCAACCACCCCUCCCGCAUCGACCGAUUCGUCGAGAAGCCUGUCGAGUUCGUGGGCAACCGCAUCAACGCCGGUAUCUACAUCUUCAAGCCUUCAAUUCUCAACAGAAUUGAGCUUCGCCCCACCUCCAUCGAGCAAGAGACUUUCCCUGCCAUCUGCAAAGACGGCCAACUGCACUCGUUUGAUCUCGACGGGUUCUGGAUGGACGUUGGUCAGCCCAAAGAUUUCUUGAGCGGGACCUGCCUGUACCUCUCUUCGCUGGCCAAGAACAACUCCAAGAAACUCGUGCCACAUUCCGAACCCUAUGUCUACGGUGGAAAUGUCAUGGUGGACCCUACAGCCAAGAUUGGCAAGAACUGCCGCAUCGGUCCCAAUGUCGUCAUCGGACCUGGCUGCGUGGUUGGCGACGGUGUCCGACUGCAGCGGUGCGUGCUGUUGGAGGACAGCAAAGUGAAGGACCAUGCCUGGGUCAAGUCUACCAUCGUUGGCUGGAGAUCAACGGUCGGCCGCUGGGCUCGUCUGGAGAAUGUCACUGUUCUCGGUGACGACGUUUCCAUCGGUGACGAGAUCUAUGUCAAUGGUGGCAGCGUCCUGCCUCACAAGAGCAUCAAGGCCAACGUUGAGGGUAAGUGCACGAUGGACUCGAACAGGACAAAGCUAACUGAGUUUCCAGUGCCUCAAAUCAUCAUGUAA